UGUGGUUGGUGACUUGGUGGUUGGUACUCAACGAAAUAGUAUAACAUCCCUCCCUCACCAGUCACCACUUCACCACUUUCUAUCAACCGAGCUCUCUUCUCUCUCGCUUUCGUCCACCCACCCAUACCCUCUCUCUCUCUCUCUCGCUUCCAUUAAGGAUUAAAACAAAAUGAAGGUUAUAGAGAAAAUACACGAAGCUGCAGCGUCUGAUCCGAAUAAAGUGGUCUUCUCAUUUGAGUUCUUCCCCCCCAAGACUGAAGAUGGAGUAGUUAAUCUACUUGAGAGGAUGGACCGUAUGGUGGCUCACAGUCCUUCAUUUUGUGAUAUUACUUGGGGUGCUGGAGGAUCAACCGCGGAUGUAACAUUAGAUAUUGCCAAAAAGAUGCAGAAUACCGUAGGUGUGGAAACCAUGAUGCACCUCACCUGCACCAACAUGCCUGUUGAGAAGAUUGACGAUGCUCUCGAGACCAUCAAGUCCAAUGGCCUCCAGAAUGUGCUUGCUCUUCGAGGUGAUCCCCCACAUGGUCAGGACAAAUUCGUCCAGGUCGAAGGUGGCUUUGCCUGUGCACGGGACCUGGUGAAACAUAUCAGAGCCAAACAUGGUGACUACUUUGGCAUUACAAUCGCUGGUUAUCCAGAGGCACAUCCGGAUGCUAUAGGAAGUAAUGGGUUGGCUACACCAGAAGAUUAUCAAAAUGAUCUUACUUACCUGAAGAGCAAGGUUGAUGCCGGAGCAGAUCUUAUUAUCACUCAGUUAUUUUAUGAUACAGAUAUAUUCCUCAAAUUUGCGAAUGACUGUCGCCAAAUUGGAAUAACUUGUCCUAUUGUGCCAGGCAUUAUGCCCAUUAAUAAUUACAAGGGAUUUAUCCGCAUGACUGGUUUUUGUAAAACAAAGAUACCUGCUGAGAUUAUGGCUGCUUUAGAGCCUAUCAAGGACAAUGAAGAAGCUGUUAAGGCAUAUGGAAUUCACUUGGGAACUGAAAUGUGCAAAAAGAUUUUAGCUCAUGGAUUCAAGACAUUGCAUCUUUAUACACUAAAUUUGGAGAAAUCAGCAUUGGCAAUACUAAAGAACCUUGGCUUAAUUGAAGAGACCAGCAUACCUCGGACACGCCCUGCAAAUGCUAUUCAGGCUAAAGAAGAUGGUGAGAACCAAGAGAGGCCAACGGAAGACAUGGUGGUUCAAAUGGCCUAAAUUAGUUAAGUUAUGAUGAGUCAACAUAGUCCAAUUGAAGAUAAGGACGAUUCAAAUGGAAUAAAUUAGUUUAGCUGUUAUUUUACUUGGAUAAGCUCUUAUUUUAUUUUGAUAAGUUGUUAUUGUAUUCUAUUUGGUUUGGUUUUAUAUAAGUGUGCUUUUGUAAACAGAUUUGAUUUAUCUUAUAAUUGAAUUGAAUUGAAAUAUUGAAAUUAA